AUGCUCGCCACCCGUCUCUCGCGCAGCUGCGCAGCCCGCUACAGCCACGCCCACCGCGCCUUCACCACAACCAGCUUCCUGCGCGCCGACAACCCCAUCCCGGCCAACGACACCAAAGACCGCAGCACACCGUCGCCCGUCAGCAGCACCAAUGCCAUGCCCUUGAGCAGCGAAGGCAACAUGGACAAACCUCUCCAAGAAUCAGUUGCAGAGGGAGAAGAAAGACGCGUCAUGCAAGCGCCCAACAGAAAGAGCGUUUGGAGCAGAAGCCAGCAGCCCAGGGAGAAGGCCAUGGUGGGGCCGAGGUUUGAGCAGAUGAUCAUGUAUGAUCAGCCCCGUCCCAUGGCAGCCAUCGAGCUCAUCCACAAGCAACCCGUCAACUGGGUCAAGGAACGCACCGUCAAGUGCGACGGCGGCGGCGGUCCCCUCGGCCACCCUCGCAUCUUCAUCAACGUCGACAAACCCCAAAUAUGCUGGUGCACUUACUGCGGUUUGCCUUACUCCAACCGCAAGAUGCUCGAGUCUCUGCCUUCGACUUCGUACCCGCUUGAGCCUCAGGGCCAUGAGGCUGAGGUGCCUCAGGGUUAUCAGAGCAACACUGGAAAGCCUUUGGAACAGCGAUAG